AUGUCGCGCACGAUUUAUCCCCCUGUGGAAGCAAAAUACACGCUGGGAGUUCCUUUGCAGCUUUCCUUUGCUGAAGUUCGUAAAUCAAUGACUGGUUUUGUGGCAUUCAAACUGAUGCCUGAAUGGCUUGCAACUUUUCUGUUCAAAACUGGAAUAGCUGACUGGAUGACCAAGUUUUUUAAGCAUUCCAAACGAUCAGUGUCUGAGGUGUUGGAAGAGCUCACAGACAAUAAGGAUUUACAAACUGUUCUGGCCUACAAUUUUGGAGACUACGGAACUAUGCCUGGAGAAGGUAGCUUUGCCAUGCAUGCUAUACUUGCUAACCACUACUUAUUUGGAGCAUCAUAUCCACGUGGUGGAGCCAGCGAGAUUGCUUUCCAUAUCAUCCCUGUUAUUGAGAAAGCAGGCGGAAAGGUGCUAGUAAGAGCACCAGUCUCCAAGAUUCUUGUUGAUGAAAACUCUGGUAAAGUUAAAGGUAAGAUGCAGUAUACCGCCGGCACUAAAGACAUCCCGUUGUUGUUCAUUUCCUUCCCAUCCACCAAGGACCCCGAGUGGGAGACUCGCUACCCGGGCAAGACGACUUGUACGAUCAUUACCUUAUCCCCGUAUGAGUGGUUUGAACGCUGGGAGAACGAGCGGGUUAUGAAGCGAGGCGAGGAGUACGAGGAGAUCAAAAACCGUAUCGGUAAGCGCAUCUGGGAACAGACCUGCAAGUUCUUCCCUCAGGUGCGUGACCGCGUCGAUUUCUUCGAUGUCGGCAGCCCGCUGAGUAACAAGUACUACAUCGCGGCGCCCCGAGGGGAGAUCUACGGGAUUGACCAUCACGUGGACCGGUUCAGUCCCCAGGCUGCUGUAAAGCUCCGACCGGAAACGUCCAUCCCCGGGCUCUAUCUCACCGGGCAAGAUAUCCUUAGCUGCGGGUUCGCCGGAGCAAUGUUCAGUGGUAUGAUCACUGCCUCGGCUGUCCUCGGAAGAAACCUGUUUGCCGAUAUGAGUCACUUGCAGAAGGCUUUGAAAAAGAAGAAAGCGACGAUGGGUGGAAAGGUACAGAACGAGGCCGUACGGAAUGGGUCGGUUUAAAACGCACAACUGAAAACUUGUUUUUGCUGUAGGACCUCAGCUAUUAUUAACUUUUAUCCAUCUUUACACAACAGUGAGUCAUUUCCGAAUUGCCCUCACCUUUGUGCCAAAACGAGUCCUCGUGCGGAACUUCGUUUAAGAAACUAUCUUUCACUUACAUGUUCAGACUUAUGGGUAAAUCAAACGCAUUUUCGUUUGACUGGAAAACAGGAAGACUCGUUUGAGGCAAGAGGAAACGCGGAAAUCGCCUACAGUGAUGGCGGUCUGUAUAAUUUCAUUCCUCUCUGACAUUGUUGAAAACAAAAUAGCCUAGAUUAUGGAAACUAUUAUGGAUUCUUCUUAAAAGGAUUUUUGACAAAAUGUAUGAGAAAAAACCAUGUCAAUUUUAAUUUAACCGUCGGGAAAACAGACUGAAGCAGUGGUGGCGGGACUUGGGUAAAACAAGAAUAUAUAUUUUAAAAAGCAUGACGUUUACAGCAGACGGCAAACGGGAAAGAAUACCUCUAAAUUUGUGUUCUUUUCUGCUAAUCCUUAACUAAAUCACACAAAAAUUGAAAAAUUUCUCCUAUUCACCGCAAAUA